AUGAAUCCAUCUGUGAUCGAAAUUGAUGAUGAUAAAUCAAAAAGUAGUGGUAGUGAACAAUAUGACGAUAGCAAUAUAACUAAUCAACAAACGGGAACUCAUGCAUCUCGUUCCAGUAUUGCUAGUAAUAGCAGUACAAGUACAUCAAAUAAUGGAAUAAAACGUCAAAAAGAUGUCUCACCAUGUUAUGUUUGUGGAGCAAAAGCACAUGGUUACAAUUUCGAUCAAAUUACAUGUGAAUCGUGUAAAGCAUUUUUUCGGCGAAAUGCUCUCAAAUCGAUGGACAAAUUUCGAUGCCGAAAUAAUAACAGUUGUGUAAUAACAUCAGCAACACGUAAACGAUGUAAGCGAUGUCGAUUAACAAAAUGUUUUAAAGUGGGUAUGCGGAAAGAAUGGAUAUUAACAGAUGAAGAAAAACGUUUAAAAAGAAGAAAAAUUGAACGUAAUCGUUUAAUUAAACAACAAGCACAGAUAACUGGUCAUCAACAACGAAAUCAAGAUGUUAAUCAUUCGAAUUUUCAAACAAAUAUAUCUACAUUAUCUAUUGUUGAACAGUCAUCAUCAUCUAAUUCUCAACAUCCAAUUACAACGCAACCAUGUGAAUCACGUAUUCUUCCAAUGCCAAUAAUACAUAUGCAUCGACCAGCCGAUCAACAAUUAUAUGAACGUCAUCAGUGUUUAUUAACGCAAUUGUCAAAUGGUUAUCAAAUGAUAUGUCAACAAUAUCCUCAACCACAUAAAUUUGCUAAUCGUAAUGCUUUUAUAGCUCAAACAGUAGAUAUGGAUACUAAAUUAAUGUUAGUGAAAGAUUUAACAAGAGAAUUAACACAAAUGACAACAUCACGUUUAUUAUAUUAUUUUUCUUUAAUACCUGAAUUUCAAUUAUUGUCAGAAUUAGAAAAAAAAUCUAUUUUAAUUAAAAAUAUGCUUGCAGUUUUUAUGUUUCAUGGAGCACUAACAUAUGAUACUGAUAGUGAUACAUUUGUUGAUCGAACUACAGCUGAUCAACCAUACGAUGCAAAAUAUCUUUUAUUUGUUUAUGGACAAAAAGUUUAUAGUCAUUUUGUAGCAUUAGCUACUAAAUUAACUUCUGUUACUUAUCAAUUGCCACAUAAUAAAGAAUCAGCUGAACAUUCACAUACAUUAUUCUUGUUACUUAUGAUUGUUCUAUUAUUUUCUGAUGAUUUUGAAGAAGGUUUUGAUGUUUGUUCAUAUGAUCAAGGAAAACAGCAAUCAGUAGAAAAUACAUCAGAUAAAUCAGCUGUAAAUCAAUCAUUAUCCGUAACUGGUAGUUCACCAUCAUCAAUAUCACCAUCCACACACCCAACGUCACCAUCUUCGAUAUCAAAACUUAAUGAAAAAUUAAAUAAAAUUCAACAAAGUUACGUUGAACUUGUAUGUCGGUAUUUACACGAUGCAUUUGGUUUAACUGUUGGACGUAGAAUGUUUCAAAAUCUUCUACCGUUAUUAUUUGAUCUACAAAAACUUUGUUCUACAUUGGCCAAUGUUAAUUUAUGUGAAUUAGCUGAAGAAGAUGAUCGAUCAUCGUCAUCAAGAACAACAACAACAACUGUAUCAAAUUUUGAACCGGUUACUUCUGAUCAUUCACCACCUUCCCAAGUACCUACAUCUCAAUUUAAUUCGGCAAUGAUUAGUGGUAGAUCUCAUUUGAAUGAAUUACAAAAAGAAAAUCGUGCACCAUCACCAUCUACUACAUUAUUAACAUCAUCAGCUGUUCGUUCACCAUUAACAAACAACAGUUUAUCAUCAUCAUCAUCAUCACCCACUGUUCUUUCAAAUACAAUAACAACAUUCGAAAAUUAUUAA